AUGGCUGCUGAUUCAGAGUGGAAAGAAACCGGGCACAGCGUGGCCGUGCACCCGCCGCCGCCCGUCAACGACGAUGCGUCCACCGACUCGACGGAAAUGAGCCCCGGUGUCAAGCGCAUCGAGCUCAUCAACCAGCAAUUUGGCCUCUGGGCGCGCGUUGCCAUGUUCUCGGGCAUCUGGCUGAUUGCCUAUGUUUAUGGUCUGGAUGGCACUGUGCGGUAUACGUACCAGCCUCGUGCAACCGCAAGCUACAGCACUCACAGUUUGUUGUCGACGAUCGGCGUCUUGCGUGCGGUGAUUGCCGCUGCUGCUCAGCCUACGGCGGCGAAGAUUGCGGAUAUGUUUGGUCGUGUGGAGCUGAUUUUCUUCUCCAUCUUCUUCUAUACGCUGGGAACCGUUAUCGAGACGGCUGCGGAUAAUGUGCAGACCUUUUGCGCUGGUGCGGUCAUCUACCAGAUUGGAUAUACAGGAGUCAUGUUCUUGGUUGAGGUUCUCAUCGGAGAUACGACUUCUACCCGCUCUCGUCUGCUCUUCUCUUACAUUCCCGCGACACCGUUUAUUAUCAACACCUGGAUUAGUGGAAACUUGACGGAUGCGGUGCUCAAGGUGACAAGCUGGCGCUGGGGUAUCGGGAUGUUCGCGAUCAUCUUCCCUGUCUGCUCGAUCCCUCUCUUCUUGACCCUAACGUAUGGCCACUGGAAGGCGAAGAAGGUCACCUCAUACCCUAGCCUUGUUGAUGUGUUCGGCACGAAGAAAUUCCUGGUUGAGAUCUUCUGGCGAAUGGACAUCCUCGGAAUCAUCCUGUUGAUUGCCGUCUUUGCGCUUAUCCUUGUCCCCUUCACCCUUGCUGGAAGCAACCCCGAUCAGUGGAAGCAGGCUAAGAUUAUUGCGCCUUUGGUGAUUGGAGUGCUCUGCAUUCCGGUGUGGAUCUACUGGGAGAAGACCUGCAAACAUCCAAUGAUUCCUUUUAAGCUUUUGAAAGACAGAGCCGUCUGGGGUGCCAUUGGAAUCGCCAUCAUGCUUAACACUGGUACAUAUCUGUACACCGUCCUUAUUGUCGCUUUUGAUGAGAGCAAUCUCAGCGCCACCCGUAUCGGUUCGCUUUACAGUUUUGCCUCUGUCAUCACCGGCUGUAUCCUUGGUUUUGUCGUCAUCAAAGUGAGGCGCCUCAAACCGUUCAUUGUAGCUGGUACCCUCCUCUUCACGGUCGCCUUUGGUAUCUUGUACAACUACCGUGGAGGAACCGGCGGCUCAGCGCGCUCUGGCAUCAUUGGUGGUGAAAUCCUUCUUGGUAUUGCUGGAGGAAUGUUCCCCUACCCCGCUCAAGCAAGUAUCCAAACUGCCACGAAGCAUGAGCAUCUCGCUAUCGUGACUGCCCUGUUCCUCGCCUCGUACAACAUCGGCUCCGCCCUCGGUGGCACAAUCUCCGGCGUUAUCUGGUCCCAGACUCUCCUGCCCGAGUUGACCUCCACUCUAGGCAACGCGACUUUGGCCGCAUCCAUCUACGCGGAUCCCUUCACAUUUGUUGCCGCAAAUCCCGUUGGAACACCCGCCAGAGAAGCCGUUAUUGAUGGAUACAAACAUACACAGCGCCUGUUGUGCAUCACGGGUCUCUGCUUGUCAGUCCCGCUGAUUGCGUUCUCGCUGUGCAUUCGCAACCCUAAGUUGACCAAGGAGCAGUCGCUCGCCGAUGCGGAGAAGGAUGUCAAUUGA